CCCGAGCCUGCCCCACUUCCGGUGCACGCCACAAACCCUCCGGAAGUGGGGCACUGUCGCCGGUCGUGUAAUGUGUCCGACUAGGAGUUGUGCUGCACCGGAGUACAAACAUGGCGGUGUGAAUGCGCAGCUGUUGUUGCUGGGACACAACGCCCUCGGCUAUACCGGGAGCCACGAGUUGGUGCUAUAGGCCGGUGUCUACUAUGAGCACGUGAUUGGAGGAACCCCCCCGCAGCAGCCAUGUUAGAGGGGUUGGUAGCCUGGGUGUUGAACACCUACUUGGGCAAAUACGUCAACAACCUGAACACCGACCAGUUGUCUGUAGCACUGCUGAAAGGUGCGGUGGAACUGGAGAACCUGCCAUUAAAAAAAGAUGCUUUGAAAGAACUGGAAUUACCGUUUGAAGUAAAAGCAGGUUUUAUUGGAAAGAUAAGGAUCCAAAUCCCUUUUUAUCGUCCACAUUUGGAUCCUUGGGUAAUUUCGAUCUCCAGGCUUCAUUUAGUUGGAUCUCCUGACAAACAAGAAGACUUUGAUGAGUUAAAGGAAAAGUUAUUCGAGAACGCACGCAAGAAAGUUCUGCUGAAAGUCCUGGAGGAGAAAUGGAAGAGUGAACAGGAACAGAAGGGAGAAUCCUACUGGUAUUCUGUCACCGCUUCUAUUGUGACCAGAAUUGUGGACAACAUUGAACUAAAAAUUCAGGAUGUCCAUUUAAGAUUUGAAGAUGGUAUAACUUAUCCUUCCCAUCCAUUUGCUUUUGGAGUCUGCAUAAAAAACGUCUCUGUGCAAAAUGCCAGUCGUGAGCCGGUGGAGAAAUUCCUACGAAAAAAACAACUUGAAGUUGAAGAUUUCAGCAUAUACUGGGAUGUUAACAGCACUUUACUAGGUGACCUACCUCCUGGGGAGCUACAGGAUGCAAUGGACAAAAGCAUGGAGGGUCGUGAGCAUCAGUAUAUCCUGGAACCUGUGUGCAGCUCAGCACUCCUGAAAAGAAACUGCUCCAAAGAGCCUUUACGGUCAAGACAUCAGCCACGAAUAGAGUGUGACAUAUGUUUAAAGACAAUACCACUUACUCUUUCACAGGCACAAUAUCAGCAAAUUGUGGAAUUUGUUGACGACUUUGAUAGAAAAGAACGACAGAUGAAGUACAGAAAAUGGAGACCGAAAGUUCCAGUAUUAAAAAAUUGUAGGGAAUGGUGGCUUUUUGCACUAAAUGCAAACUUGUCUGAGAUCCAGGAGCAGAGGCAGCGCUUACGCCUGGAGUUCUUGCUCCAUCGAGCUCAGGAUGCGGUUUUCUAUUGUGAGAAGCAUUAUAAUCGUCUGCAAGGGAUCCAGUUAUCUGCUGAGCAUGAGGCUGAGUUGGAUCGGAUCGAAGAAGAACAGUCUUUUGAAGAAUUGUCAAUCUUGAGACAGCAAGUACAUGACAGAUUGAAAAAGCAACAUGAGCUGGCAGAGAGUCUGCGAGAACCUAUGUCGGACUUUUCUAGUGGCUCCCCACUGCCAAGCCCAGGCAGCCAGGGCAGUGGGAUGCUGCAGUAUCUCCAGUCCUGGUUCCCAGGCUGGGGCGGUUGGUAUGGCAAUCCUCAGGAAGCAAGUGAAGAUAUAGAGCGGUUAACACAGGAACAACAGCAGGAACAAAAGUCUUGGAAUCCAGAGGAUAUUUUAGUAACUGAAGAGUUUUUUGAUCCAACUUCUGAUGCUGCAAAUCUGAAUACAUUUACAAAAAGAGACCACGUAUUUGUAAAACUGAACUUCCACCUGGAAGGUGGCACCAUCACACUUCUACACAAGGAGAAAAACAGCUCCCAGGCCAAAGAGGCUGCGUUCAUGCAACUGGAAUUCUCAGGCAUGGCGGUCAGAGCGGAGUCUUUGCCUCGUAGAGAUUCAUCACUUUUAUUGGUUCAGCUAGGCGGAUUGUUCCUCAGAGACUUGGCAACACAAGGAACCAUUUUUCCUGAACUGGUCUACCCUAAUGCUCAAAAGGAAGUGGCGUGGUCCCAGCAGUCCAGUGUAUUCAUGGCAUCCGCAGACGUGCUAAGCCCCAGCAAUUCUACCACUGGAGAAGACCCUGUAUUUAAAAUGUUGUAUGAAAGAAAUCCAGUUCACAGUGUCCUUGAGCGGCGGCUUGAAGUUAGUACGAGACCGCUGAAUAUUAUCUAUAAUCCUCAAGCAAUCACCAAAGUGGCUGACUUCUUCUACCAAGGGAAAGUUCAUAGCUCAGGGUUUGGGUACCAGUCAGAGCUGGAGCUUAGAGUGGCCGAAGCUGCUAGAAGACAAUACAAUAAGUUAAAAAUGCAAACAAAAGCUGAAAUUCGACAAACGAUUGAUCGCUUACUGGUCGGGGAAUUUAUUGAAAACAGUAGGCGGUGGACUUUACGUCUUGAUAUCUGUGCCCCUCAUGUCAUCUUCCCAGAUGACUUCUUGAGCAAGGAUCCAGUUCUAGUAGUGGUGGACUUAGGAAGAAUCUUAUUGACCAAUUCUCAAGACCAUUGCAACCGAAAAGUUUUAGAUCAGUUCUCUGCAGAAACAAACGAAUUGAGCGAUGAUGAGUAUAAAACCCCUUUAGCAACACCUACUAACAGUCCUCCACCAGAGAUGGAUGUCAAAGCUGGGAUGGACACAUCUAGCAGCAGUGGAACCCAGCUGUCUGAAGAGCAGUUAGAAGCCUAUUUACUAAGUAAUAAGAUGUAUGAAAAAUACUCUCUGUCUUUUAAGGACUUGCAGAUCAUGGUUGGACACGUGAAAGACAAUUGGAAACACAUUCAAGACAAUGAAGUUGGGCCAACCCACGUUGUGGAAAAGUUCAAUGUCCAUUUACAACUUGAGCGCAGACUGAUCUACACCUCUGAUCCACAGUAUCCUGGCGCUGUGCUUUCUGGCACCCUGCCAGAUCUGAAAAUUCAUAUCAACGAGGACAAGAUAUUCGCUUUAAGAAAAUGCAUUACAAGCUUGUCCAGUUCUGAGAGCAGGACAGCAGAUAAUAUGCUUCUUAGAAAGGAGAAGAUCUUUAUUGACACUGAGAACUAUGAAAGGAUGCAGGACUCUGUCAGGAACCUGACCCAGAGCAUUGUCACUCUAGAGCAGCACACCAGAGAAGUUCUGGUGGAGUCAAAGCUUCUUUUAGCAGAGUUCAAAAUUAAUUACAUGCAGCUCGGUGUAGAAAGUUGUGGCCGCUAUAUUUCACUUCUUAAAGUCUUUGGUUCUAAUGCACAUUUUGUAAAGAGACCUUAUGAUGCAGAGGUUUCUCUUACUGUCCAUGGUCUCCUCAUGGUGGACACUAUGCAAACUUACGGUUCUGACUUCGAUCUUCUGAUGGCUUCUCAUAAAAACCUGUGUUUAGAUGCCCCGACCGGAAGUCUACGUGAAAGCCGAGCCCAGUCUCCAGUGUCUGAAACCAACGACUUUUCACCAUCUCAUUCGUACAUGAAACAAAAUCAAUAUAACUCGCUCGAAAACGUCAACUUAAAAGAUCAAGAAUCUCUUAUCAAGAUUGAAUACCAGUUUGUGAGCUCAGAGUGUCCGUCAAUGAAUUUGGACAGCUCCUUGCAAGUGAUGACGGUGCAGGUUAACAAUCUUGACAUCAUCCUUAACCCCGAAACAAUGGUAGAACUUAUUGCUUUUCUUCAGAAGUCUUUCCCCCGAGAGAACAUUGAUGAUAGUCCUCAGCCAUUAAAAGUUGACUUUGAGACUGAUUAUAGCAAGCAAGAGUCUUACCAGUCAACUUAUGAACAGAACACCCAAGUAGCCAUUGACAUUAAUAGGUUAAACAUUCUCCUCUUCAGGACGGUCACCCUGCCUGAUGCUAGCAGUAGUGGGAGGAAAAUUGCAACCGCCAGCAUAGGUGGGACUAAGGUAAAUGUGUCUUUGGGAAGUCGAUUUUCCGUCAACGGUUCUCUUGGUUGCCUCCAGCUAAUGGACCUAGCACAGGAGUCCUCUAAAACUCAGUAUGUGAUCAGCAUAGGCAAUACAGCAGCUUAUGAGAAUCAAGAAAGUGAUGCCGAUUGCUUUGAAGGCUUUUUUAUGAGAAGAGAUGAAACCUAUGUUCCAAUGGAGGCCUUAAGUUUUACAUUUAUUGAGCAGUCCAAAGAAGAGUUUGCACUGAACCUUAAAAUGGCUUCUUUACACUAUAACCAUUCAGCUAAGUUUCUAAAAGAGCUGACCUUAUCCAUGGAUGAGCUAGAAGAUAAUUUCCGUAACAUGCUGAAGACCGCUGCCUCCAAAGUGUCUUCUGUUCUCGCCACCAAAACAGCAGAGUACAGUGAGAUGGUUUCGUUAUUUGAACCCCCCCGUAAACAUCGGGGCUCUAUGCAGUAUGAGACGGAUGAAUACGAUGGCUUCUGUCCUAUCAACGUAAAAACGGACACAGUAAAGCUCAUCUUAAAUAUUAACAUUGAGUCUCCGGUUGUGUCGAUACCUCGCAGCCCUGGGAGUCCAGAGCUUCUGGUUGGCCAUUUAGGGCAAAUAUUUAUUCAGAAUUUUGUGUCAGAUGAAGAGCAAUCAAGAAGUGACAGGUUACAUGUCGAGAUCAAAGAUAUUAAACUCUACUCAUUGAAUAGCAGUGUUCUCGCUGGACGCAAGGAGUUCCAGUGCUCAGAACCAGCGUCUUCGCAUCCAAUGUCCAGCUCUGCUAGUGUGAGCAGUCAGGAGGAACCACACUUUACCCGUAGUGAUUUCUUUGAAUCACUGCAAAAGAAUCAAGCUUUCCAUAUACUACACAACACAACCAUACAGUUUAAAAUGGAGAAGUUCAAUAUAGAGCGGGACUGUGAACUGACCUUUUCAUGUAUGGAAGAUUCUGUAGAAGCGGGAAGCAUUUUGAAGAUUGAGGGAAAUUUUGUUAAUUAUGUUCAGGUUGUUCUAGCAAAACAUGUAUAUGAGCAAGUUCUGCAGACUCUUGAUAACCUGAUAUACAACGAAGAUCUGAACAAACCUCCUCAAAGCUCUGCCAGUCCAUCCAGUCCUGUGACACCAGAAAAGCUCCUUAGCAAAAGUGCAGAUGUUUUCAAUGACCAGAGAGAGAGACAUUUGUUUGAUACUCACAGCUUUAGGUCUAUGUCCAGUAAAUCUGUUUCUACUCAUGAGAAAACACCAUUUACUCAGAUUCAAGCCAAUUUUCGUAUUUCAGAAUUGCAGAUUCAGCUCAGCGGUGAUCUUACUCUUGGUGCUCAAGGCUUAGUGAGUUUGAAGUUUCAAGACUUUGACAUUGAGUUUAAUAAAGAUCACCCGCACACACUAGCUAUACAGAUUGCACUGCGUUCACUCCUCAUGGAAGAUCUGCUUGAGAAGAACCCAGAUUCAAAGUACAAGAACCUCAUGGUAUCAAGGGGAGCACCUAAAGCGUCAAGCUUAGGCCAUAAAGAGUAUCUGUCACAGUCAUGUCCAUUAGUGUCUCACGUGGAAUAUCCAGACAUGCCAAGAUCCUUACCUUCUCACAUGGAAGAGGCACCAAAUGUCUUCCAGUUAUACCAGAGACCAACGUGUACUUCUCGCAAGAAACCAAGCGAAGAAAUUGAUGAUGAGUAUCCAUUGACUCCACCACCUUCUCCUACAGCUGAGAGAUCAAAGACACCUUACACAAAGGAUGGUUUUGAUGAGUCCUUGGUUCAUAUAAAUGUUUUCUUGGUGGAUAGAAAGCAUCCAGAGUUCUCUUCUAAGUACAAACGCAUCAAUCGAAGUGUGAAUGUGGAUUUUAACUGCCUGGACGUACUGGUCACACUGCAGACGUGGGUGGUGAUAUUAGACUUUUUUGGAAUUGGGUCAACAGCCGACAACCAUGCUUUUAAAUCUGAACCCACGGAUAUGAGACAGUCGGUGAGAUCAGAGGCGAGCACAACCAGCAGUGCGUCUGUCGAAGAACACACAAACACAAAGAUGGAUCUCAAGGUUCACUCACUUUCACUAGUGCUAAAGAAGACCUCUAGUGAACUGGCGAAAGCAAGUGUGUCGAAGCUAACUGCCCACCUCGAGAAUGUCGAGGGAGAUUUAGCCUUGCAGGGGAGCAUUGGCAGUCUGUCGCUGAGUGACCUGACUGUACAUGGCGAGUUGUACGCCGAGCGCUUCACAACUAGCGGAGAUGAGGCAUUGAUCUUCCACAUUUUCAAAUAUGGCUCUCCUGAUCCCAAACUGAAGAGAGAGUACGACGUGCGCGUGGGCCUGAGGAUGGCCUCCGUGCAGUACGUACACACUCAGCGCUUCCAGUCUGAAGUGGUUUCCUUUAUCCAACACUUCACACAAUUGCAAGAUGUCCUCGGCCGGCAGAGGGCGGCGAACCAAGGCCAAACUGUAAGAGACCAGGCGCAGAGGGCCUCUCGUAUCUUGCUGGAUAUCGAAGCUGGAGCCCCUGUGCUUCUCAUUCCAGAGAGCUCACGAUCUAAGAACUUAAUUGUUGCCAACCUUGGGAAACUCAAAGUUAAGAACCGUUUUCUGUUUUCAGGAGCUUCAGGCACGUUCUGCUUAAAAGAUAAGACCUUGGGUAAAUCUUCAUCGCCCAUUGUUACUCCAGAGCACAAACUGUAUUCCAAAAGGAGCGACCUCAGAACAAGUGUCGACAACGAGUCUGUAGAAGGUCUAGUUAUGGCUUCAAGCUCAAAGCCUAAGAAGGAAACAAAAACGUCUAGUGCUCCAGAAUGUCCCGAUGAUCCUGAUGAGCACAUCUGCUUGUUAGACUGCAUUGUGGUCGACCUUCAGGACAUGGACAUCUUUGCCGCAGAGAGACAUCCUAGAGGUAUUGCUGAUGGUCUCGAGAAAUUACGGUCGGACCUCUUGUUUCCCUCUUAUGUUGUCAAGCAGAUUGGGGGGAGCCUUCUACUAGAACGAUGCCGACUGAAGUUACAACUAGAGAGGAACCUGGAUAAAGAAAUGAGCCAUUCUGUCCCUGACAUGUCAAUCCAUGGCAGCCUGUCCUCCGUACACUGCUCGCUUGAUCUCAGUAAAUACAGAUUAAUCAAGGGACUGCUGGAGAAUAAUUUAGGAGAACCAGUUGAGGACUUUAUGCGGCCGUAUGACCUGCAGGAUCCAAGGAUUCAUACUGUCUUAAGUGGGGAGGUUUACACCAGCGUGUCUUUCCUCAUUGACAUGGUUAAUGUCAGCCUUGAACUUCUUGAAGACAAAGCAGAAGAUGGAGUAAGCCAUUCUCUGGCUCGGUUUGACUUUAAAAAGUCUAAGCUGCUAUUUGAGAGCUUUUCAAAUCAGACUAAAUCCAUUAACCUGGUUUCGCAUUCUAUGAUGGCAUUUGACACUCGUUAUACUGGACACAAGCCACCCACCUCCCAAAAGCCUAAGGUCUUCAACUGCAUCUUGCAACCAUCGAAGAGCAACAGCAACCCUGGCUCCUUACAGAUAGAAUUACAUCACCGGUCCACAAAGGACACCUCCUGCUUCACUGUCGUUCUGAACAACCUUAGAGUGUUCUUAAUAUUUGACUGGUUGCUGCUUGUGCAAAAGUUUCUUCAGACCCCAAUUGAAACCAAGAAAGUAUACCUGAGCCCCCACCCUGAAGAAGAAAGGAGUAGUUUAGCAGCUGUGGUUCCCAAAACGGUGAAGUCUGGUGUUGUAACAAAGAGGUCUUCUGUACAGGUGACUCCUGAAAAGCAGCUGGAAGUGAAGAUCAAUGUGACUGGAACAGAGUUUGUGGUGGUUGAAGACGCAUCAUGUGUUGAUACCAGUGCCAUAAUUCUCAAGGGAACAACCGUUCUAACGUACAGACCCAAACUGGUGGAUCGUCCGUUUUCUGGCAGUUUAUUUGGGAUUGAGGUGUUUUCCUGUUGCUUGGGGAAUGAACACGACACUGCACUCUCCAUCAUUGAUCCCGUUCAUGUACAGAUAGAACUGGUUGGAAAUUCAGCUUACCAAAACAGCUCUGGCCUCAUGGAUGCUUUUAACACUGAAGAUUUCCCUCCAAUUCUCGAGAUUCAGUUACAGACCCUGGACAUCAGAUUAUCCUACAAUGAUGUGCAGUUGUUUCUGGCAAUUGCAAAAUCCAUUCCUGGGCAGACCAGCUCCAGUGCCCCAGAGUCUGCACCCUCCGACGUCUCUGGCAGCAGUCAAGGCAACACCAAGGAGAAUGAAGGUUUAGUUGUGAAAGAUGUACACAGACAUGUGAUGGAUCCCCUUCUGGAAAAUCAGCUGGCCCGCCUGCAGGAGCUGGGGUUUGCUGUAGCGGAUUGUCGUAAAGCAUUGCUGGCCUGCCAAGGUCAACUAAACAAAGCUGCUACGUGGCUUUUUAAGAAUGCCGAGCCAUUGAGGCCUAAUAAGAACAGCAGUGGGACUGGAGCCGUUCGCUGGAUCUCUGGAGUGGAGCUGAAGGCAGACAGUAUCUGUAUCUGUUUCAUUGAUGACUGCAUGGACUGUGAUGUCCCCCUGGCAGAAAUCACCUUUUCACGAUUGAACUUUUUCCAACAUUUGGUAUCCAAUCCUGAUGGAUCUGCCGAAUUCACGCUCUCAGGGGAUUACUACAAUCGGGAACUGUCAGGUUGGGAACCAUUUAUUGAGCCAUGGCCAUCUGCAAUUUCGUGGCAGCAGCAAGAGGCAAGCCGUCUCCACCCCUCUCGUCUGAAGGUUGAUCUGAAGGCUAAGCAACGUUUGGACAUAAAUAUUACCUCAGUGUUGAUAGAUCAAUAUGUCAACACCAAGGAGUCCUGGAUGGCUGAUUACUGUAAAUUGGAGAAAGAGGCCACGGUAGAAACUGGAAAUGAGGAAUGGAGGGGUUCUUCUGUAGACCCUCCGUGCAUUGGACCAAGCCUUCCUCUAUCCUACCUUAGAACUAGGAGCACAGCCAGUCUGACUAACCUAGAACAUCAGGUCUAUGCUAGAGUUGAAAUGAAGACGCCAAAGCGCAGGCAGCCAUUUAUACCAUUUGCUCUCAGGAAUCAUACAGGCUGCACCCUGUGGUUUGCCACUUUAACUACAACGCCCACGAGGGCUGCUCUGUCACAUAGCGGGAGCCCAGAAGUUGUUUCAGACGGUGACAGAGAUUUCCUGGAUGACGCUCACAAUGUGAGUCAGUGGAGAGAGGUGCCCCCGGGAGACGAGAUUCCAUUUGAAUUUGAAACCAGAGAGAAGCUUAGACACAGGCACACCCAUGACUUGCGGAUUCACCAGCUGCAGGUGCGGGUCAGCGGCUGGGAACAAGUCAGCCCCGUGUCUGUGGAUAAAGUCGGGAUCUUUUUCCGUUACGCAGCGCCUGAUAAAAACUCAUCUUCGUCAUCGGUUGGGAGCCCUAUAAGCAGAACUAACAUUAUACAUCCUCAGGUUUAUUUCUCAGCAUUGCCUCCAGUGCGUGUUCUGUUUGCUGUCACCAUGGAGGGAAGUGCUCGUAAGGUGGUAACUGUCCGAUCAUCUCUGAUUGUAAAAAACAAGCUUGAGAUCCCUAUGGAGCUUCGACUGGACAGCCCAUCAGCCCCAGACAAGCCAGUGAUCCUCCCUGCUGUGAUGCCCGGAGAUUCGUUUGCCGUUCCAUUACAUCUCACAUCCUGGAGACUGCAGGCUCGACCCCGAGGGAUGGGAGUGUUCUUCUGUAAAACACCCAUCCACUGGACGAACGUUACAAAGACCGGGGAAGUUUCAAGCAGUAAACGAGAGUGUCACUCCAUGGAUACAGAGAACAGCAGAUAUUUCAGGUUCUGUGUGGCUUUGAGGAAAGAAAACUAUCCAGAUUACAUGCCGUCCAAUAUCUUUUCAGACAGUGCUAAACAAAUCUACAGACAGCCAGGCCAUACCAUCUUCCUGCUGCCCACUGUAGUCAUCUGCAACCUUCUGCCAUGUGAGCUAAACUUUUAUGUCAAAGGUUCGCCACUUAAAGGAACUUUAAAAUCUGGGAAAGAGAUGGCCCUGCACACGGCUGACACAUCCCAGAACUUUGAACUUGGAAUCGCGGUGGAAAAUUUUCAGCAUUGCAAAGAGCUGUUGAUCCCACCUGGUACUCAGAACUAUAUGGUUCGGAUGCGACUUUACGAUGCCAACAAGAGACAGCUGAACCUCACUAUACGCAUCACGUGCAGGGCAGAGGGCUCCUUGAAGAUAUUUAUUUCAGCUCCUUACUGGCUGAUUAAUAAAACAGGUUUGCCAUUGAUUUUCAGACAGGACAACGCCAAAACAGACGCUGCCGGCCAGUUUGAAGAACAUGAACUUGCUAGAAGUCUUAGUCCACUCUUAUUCUGUUACGCAGAUAAGGAGCUUCCAAACCUUUGCACAAUGAGAGUUGGAAAAGGCAUCCAUCCAGAUGGAAUUCCAGGUUGGUGUCAGGCAUUUUCGCUUGAUGGAGGCAGUGGAGUACGAGCUUUGAAAGUGAUCCAGCAAGGGAACCGUCCAGGCCUGAUCUACAAUAUAGGUAUUGAUGUUAAGAAAGGCAGGGGAAGGUACAUAGAUACUUGUAUGGUCACCUUUGCUCCUCGAUACCUAUUAAUCAACAAAUCAAGUCACAAACUUGCCUUUGCACAGAGGGAGUUUGCAAGAGGCCAGGGCACCAACAACCCUGAUGGUUAUAUCUCAACUCUUCCUGGGUCAAGUGUUGUGUUCCAUUGGCCAAGAAAUGAUUAUGACCAGUUACUGUGUGUGCGGUUAAUGGAAGUUUCCAACUGCACGUGGUCCGGUGGCUUUGAGGUUAAUAAGAAUAACUCAUUUCAUAUCAAUAUGAGGGAUACACUUGGAAAAUGUUACUUUUUGAGAGUGGAAAUUACACUGCAAGGCGCCACGUACCGUGUCUCAUUUAGUAACACCGAUGAAAUGCCUCCCCCAUUUCGAGUGGAUAAUUUCUCAAAGGUGCCAGUUAUGUUUAUGCAGCAUGGCGUUGCAGAGCCUCGGCUGCGGACAGAAGUGAAGCCCUCAAGCUCUUUGGAUUACGCAUGGGAUGAGCCUAUUCUGCCAUCAUACAUUACACUGACUGUGAAAGGAGCGGGCUCUUCGGAGACUGUAUGCAAUAUGAAUGAUUUCCAGGACAGCAAGCAGCUUUACUAUGAAAAUUUCAUCUAUAUUGCUGCCACCUAUACAUUUUCAGGCCUGCAAGAGGGAAAUGUUCUACCAGUCACACAGUCGAAGAAUGUCAUCUAUGCAGAGUUGGUUCUGGAUGUCCAACCCAAAACGCUCAGAGUGAUUUUGAAGAAGAAGGAGCCAGGUAAGAGGUCACAGCUUUGGAGAAUGACGGGCACUGGUAUGCUGUGUCAUGAAGGAUCUUCACCUCCACAUAACCCAAAUAAGCCAUCUGCUACACGAUCUCUUGAGUCCUCCUUGGUGCUGGACAUUGCUGGACUAGCAGCUGUUACAGAUAAUCGGUAUGAACCACUGAUGUUGAGGAAGCCAGAUCGACGACGGAGUACCACACAGACAUGGUGUUUUCGAGAUGGAAAAUUAAGCUGCAGUUUGCCUGGGCUGGUUGUGCAGGCGAGAAAUGGGGUUUCUGGAUUAUAUGAUGGAGCUGAGGUUGUGCUCGGACCAGAUGCUUCGUUAGAUCAUAUGGGAUCUGUCCCCAAAGAGCAGCAGUUUAUAAACCAGAAGAUGAGGCCAGGUUCUGGCGUGCUGUCUGUCAGAGUUAUCCCUGAUGGGCCUACAAGAGUUUUACAGAUUACAGACUUUCAGCAGCGCAGAGCUGAGCGUCUUUCAAGUGAAUUUGAUGACUUAGGACAAUUAGAGAUAAAGAAAUUCAAGUGUCCGGAGCUAGAGCAAGAAUUCGAGGUGACUGUAAAAUUACAAGACGGCAUUGGAAUUUCUCUCAUCAAUAAACUCCCAGAGGAGCUGGUGUUUGCAAGUUUCAGUGGCAUUAAUGUUCAUUACAUGCAUCAGGCCUCCAGUCAGGUGCUGGAACUUCAUAUACAAAAUGUUCAGGUUGAUAACCAGUUGAUUGGUACAACUCAGCCCGCCAUGCUUUUUGUAACCCCUAAGAGCAUUGAGACUGAAGAGAUGGAGUCAGGACCUGCAAUACAGGUCAAUGCAAUGAACGUGCCUAGCAAGAAUGCACUUACUGACCUGUACAAGCAUCUGCUGAUCACCGCUCAGAAAUUUACAGUCCAGAUCGAGGAAAAGUUACUUCUAAAGCUGCUAAACUAUUUUGGCUUUGGAAAAUUAGAAGCAGAAGUUGAAAAGUGGGAUGAAAAUAUCCAUGAGAAAGCUGGAGAGGAGACCGCCACCCCGAGAAGAUAUUAUUUUGAAAAUCUGAAAAUUGCAUUGCCACAGAUCAAGCUGAGUGUGUUUACUUCCAAUAAACUUCCACCGGAUCUCAAGGCCUUGAAGAGCACUCUAGGAUUUCCUUUAAUCAAAUUUGAGGAUGCUGUUAUUGAUCUGGAUCCGUACACAAGAGUUCAUCCAUAUGAAUCCAGGGAAUUCAUCGUCAAUGAUGUGCUUAAACACUUCCAGGAGGAGUUGCUCAGUCAAGCAGCAAAAAUUUUGGGCUCUGUAGAUUUUCUUGGCAAUCCUAUGGGCCUGCUGAAUGAUGUGUCUGAAGGAGUAUCCGGUCUUAUAAAGUAUGGAAAUGUUGGCGGCUUAAUCCGAAAUGUCACACACGGCGUCUCCAACUCUGCUGCAAAGUUUGCUGGAACGCUUUCUGAUGGACUCGGAAAGACUAUGGACAACAGACACCAGACAGAGAGAGAAUACAUCCGUUAUCAUGCUGCUACCAGUGGGGAGCAUUUGGUUGCUGGGAUUCAUGGACUUGCUCAUGGAAUUAUUGGCGGGCUGACAAGUGUAAUCACUUCGACUGUGGAAGGUGUUAAAAAUGAAGGUGGUAUCAGCGGCUUCAUCUCUGGCUUAGGGAAAGGUUUAGUUGGAACCGUCACCAAACCGGUUGCUGGUGCCUUGGAUUUUGCUUCAGAAACAGCUCAAGCUGUAAGAGAUACGGCCACCCUUAGUGGGCACAGAAUGCAAGUUCAGAGGGUAAGGCGGCCACGCUGUUGCACAAGUCCUCAAGGCCUUCUUCCAAGGUAUUCUGAAACCCAAGCUGAGGGACAGGAGCAGUUGUUCAGACUGACAGACAGCAUCCAGGAUGAGUUUUUCAUCGCUGUGGAACAUAUAGACAGCUACUGUGUGCUGAUCUCAUCCAAAGCUGUCUACUUUCUUAAAUGGGGAGAGUAUGUAGAUCGCGAUGCAAUCUUUUUGGAAAUUAAGUAUGACGAUCUAUACCACUGUCUUGUUUCAAAGGACCAUGGGAAAAUAUAUGUUCAGCUAACUAAAAAAGCGGAAACAACAAGUAGUGGGAUAGCUAUUCCAGGGCCAUCACACCAGAAACCCAUGGUCCAUAUAAAAUCUGAAGCACUUGCUGUGAAAAUAUCCCAAGAGAUAAAUUACGCAAAGAGUCUGUACUACGAGCAGCAGCUGAUGUUAAGACAAACAGAGGAACAGGAGAACUUGGACUUGAACUAUUAAUGAGAAGCACAGAACUCCAAGCAUCGCCCUGCCAGGUUCACACGAACAUGCAAUCUCUUGUAACAUACAGGUGUAUACAUAUGUUGCCGGGUCAAUUUGUCAGCAUAUAUAUGCCUAUGAUUACAGUACUGCUAUUGUGUGGAGAACACUACUACCUUUCCAGUAUACGGAGGUGGGGUGGGGGGCUAAUUUAUAUUGUGGGUAAUAACUAUUUAAUAUGGAAUAUAAUUAUAAAUAUAUGCCUUGAACCAAUUUUGAAGAAAUACCUUUAUUUUGCUAAGCCUGUAAAUAUGUACAUCUGUGGUAUGAUGUAAAUAUAUGAAAUAUGAAACCUGCAUUGUGUAACGCCUCACAUUUGUUGCAGAUAGAACUUAUUUGAUAACUUGCACAAGAUCUACUCGUCUCUGCAGAACGACUCGUCCUAUGACUGGGGAUUCGUGUCUGCUUAUAUAUUGAAUGUGCUAUACGUAGCCUAUGAUAUUGUCUCUGGUUUGUAUUUAAAACUGGCACACAAUAAAGGCUGAAGUUUUAUA